CAACCAAAUACAAAUUACAUAACAAAUCAACGAUCAUUUAUUUUUUAAUCAAUGAUUAAAGCUAUAAUGUAUUUUUCAAUGAAUUAGUAACAUUAUCUCAUUAUUGGUAAUUAAAUAAUUAAAAUAUAUUAUUUUAAUUAUAGUUGUAUUAAAAAAUAAGUUGGACCCACCAUAUGAAAUAGAUAGUGGAUUUGGAAAUGAAAGUGAUAUGUAGUGGAAUGGAAAAAGUUGUUGAUGUGACAGUAGCACAUACGAAAUAGAAAUGGUAUUUUAUGGAUGUGAAUGGUCUAAUGCCACUACAAAUAUCAAUAUUUAGCGAGUGUGCUAUUUAUAUUAACUCUCGAUAUGUCAUUUGUAUACGGUUUACCAAUUGUUUAGUUUUUCACCUCAAAUUUCAGUCAAUCUUCUACCGACGUUUAUAUGAAAAGACCCUAAUCUGUUGGGAGAUGGAUCCAUGCAUCCCAUCUUCAGCUCUCCACGACUCUGCCACAGUGGAUUCCAAUAUAUGCACAAUCCAUCACCAACCAAAUGCACACACAACAUCAAACUCAGAACCAAGCACGAACCUUUUGCUUCAGUGCGUGUCAAAUUCACUACACUAACUCAACGUCUAGGUCUUGGAUCAUCAAAGCAAGUUCCGCCUGCACUGGCAUUCAACAAUCACCACAUUGAGAUUUCAUAUAUACCAUCAAAGUCCAAAAUGUGACCGAGCCCUUUGUUCUGAUUGAUUACCACAUCGGCAACGCUCAGCUUCUUGUCCCAGGAAUCUAUGUCUUAUAAGUACGUACUAGUAGCAACCCAUCAUAUUGGGUCCGUUCAUGACUCACUCAGACACUUCCGCAACCUGUAGUAUCAGGGGUAUUCAGGAAGGAAGCAAUUUGUUCUGAUCAUGCACGUUGCUGAAAUGCCAGCACCAAUAAACCAGUCCAAACUUCAGUGGAGUUCUCUCGCUAUGUUACGAGCCACUCAGGCUUCUUGAGGGUUUGAUGGAUCUAGUGAAAUGUGUGUAAACAUAUAACCUUAGCAUAAUUUUAUGAACAACAUGAUUAUAUGUUUCCUUCCGGGGAACAACAUAUGCCAUUCAAACUUCGGUCAAGCAUUUUCUAUAGUUAAUUACAAUUUGUCCGCAUUAGGAUCCAUUAAUCACUUGCAAAUGUUUUCUAGUGGUUGUUCUUCCGUUUUAGCUAUGGUAUGACAUUCAUUGAAGGUUUGGCUAACAUUGUUGAGGGAAAAACUCCCAAUCCGGAUGAGGAUGAUAAGUCGCCACAAAGUCGGGUAAAAAGUUAAAAGAGACUGCUCGCGACGAUGCAAAUUGUUGCAUUAGUCUCGACUCGAACUUCGAUAACUCAACAUCUCGUUUCGAUCCAUGGAUGCAGAGCUCUCAAUUGUGACUUGUUUCUGAAAGUAGAAGCGUUGGGUCAUAAUUUCUAUAUUUUUUUUGUGUGUGUUGAGAUUUCAUCCAAAUAGAUGUUACAUCUUUGAUAUAGCAGAAGAAAGGCUUUUGGUUUCCCGCUGAUGGGUUGCUCUGUGCGCUAAUGCAAAGUGUUAAGUGGUGGUGGGAAGGUGAUGAAGUGAAAAAGUUGCCUUUUGAAGUUAAGCUACCACAUCGGUGGGAUGACUGGCAAUCAUAUGCAUCCUCUCCCAUAUAUUAACGGGCCAACUGCCAAACUAUUUGACCAAAACACAAGAGCGGCUGAUGUGAAGUUCGCAUUGUCACAAGUGUCUUGUUCCGUAAAUAUCUCAGGUCUGUAGCUUAACGGACUCGUAAUAUUAGAAGAGCCACUAAGGGCAAUUAGAACAACACUUUUCAGCACUCUGGUAAUUGCCCAAUGCAAAAUGUUUAAUUAGCCUAUUCACUGUUGUAGUGAAUGGGUUAUUCUAGUUGCAAUGUUGUCAUACUGGUUUAAUGUCAUGUCGGUUAGGAAGAAGCUAGUUAAUUCAGUACAUAAAAUGAUACUUUAUCAAUGUAUUACAAAAAUAUUUUUUCGGGUAACACAUAACCUAUUGAUGUAUGAUUGAAACUAGUAAACAUAGAGUACUUAGUUCAAAUUUCACAACGAGCAUUUAUUUUUGGAAGAUGUGCGUAAAACAUACUGAAAUUCGAUUUAUGCUCUAUAUGAUCUGUUUUUCUUAUUUUGAACAGAUUUGAUUAAUACUGAAAAUCAAUACCUUUCUAGUCGAUUUGAUGAUUGUACCGGUUCAACCGACCGGUAGGAUGCUGACGCAUGUCUGGUGAAUUUGAAUGUGUAUUUCUUAUUGUUCCCUACUCCGCCCCUUUUCAAUUUCUUAAAUACAUUUUUAACCUGACCGUUUAUAAAUAAAAUUUUUACACUAAUCUGUUAUAUGCAUUUUUUAGAAAAGAUUUACCGUCAUUGUGCAAUCAUCACUCUUGAGCCUAAGUUCGAACAAUGCUUUCUCAUGCUUUAUGCUUCGCUAGAUUAAUCUCAUACCGAAUGUUAAAAUCAAACUGAAUCGAUCCAAAUGUUAAAAUCAAAACCGAAUCGAUCCGCUCGGUAAAAUCGAGACCCAGUCACAAAAGCAAUUUGAAUUAGUUAUUCAGCCAUAUGUGGAUAGUCGGACAGUUAGUUAAAGGUUUGAGCGGUUAACCGUCAUAACCGAACAAACGGGACAACCGGCUCAAGAAUCCAUUUCAAUGAGAAAAAAGAACAUGGAUAGAUCUCCGACAUCUCUAUGGCCGCCUUCUCUUCCAUGGAGAUUCAAAUAGGAAUCACCUAGGGUGCGUUUGGAUAGGUGUAUUUCAAAUGUAAGGUAUUAGAAUUACAUUUUUUAAAUUGGAUGCAUUUGAAGUACUAGCAUUUGAAAUACAUGUAAUUCAAAUUCGUUGGUUGGAUACUCAUUUGUAUUUUGUUUGUAUUUUAAAUUCCAUGAUUUUUUAUUUUAAUUUUGAGCUUUUUCGUCACUUACUACAGAUUUUGGUGAAUUACAGUUUGGUACCCAAAUUUAUAUUUCUUUACAAUUUAGUACCUAAACUUUUCAAAUUUUACAAAAAGUCCAGAAAUUUUGAUGAUAAAAUUACUUUUUGGUACCUUUAAAUGUUUUUAUCUCACAUUAUAGUACCUAAACUUUUAAUAUUUUACAAAUAGGUCCAAUCUUUUGUUAGGAGGUAUUUCCAAUCACUAGUUGUUGAAAUGUAUUGGAAAUCACCCCAUGAAUUUGACACAAAUCCAAAUACCAAAUAUAAUUAAAAUCUAAACACAUUAUUUGAGAUUUAGAAAUCCAAAUCAUUCUAUCCAAACACACCAUUAAUAAAAUUAAAAUCUUCCCCCAACUACAACGUUGGGAAUAAAUUGGGGCGAUGGACGAUGGUCAGUGUCAUGUUAACCUAACUGCCUUUUUCCAUUAAAACAAAGGGGAAGAGGUACAAAGCUAACAGUGAAACAACUACCCACCUACAAUAGAAAAAACAAAAGAAAGCAAUCCACUAACACUAAGAAGAGAGAAAAAACGCAGUGGGGAAUCAACUGAUCCACAGCAACAAUGGCCGCCAUACUCAGAAAGCACAUUGCAUAAACAGUUAAACACAGAGCAAAACACCCCAAGGCAUCACCACGUGCAAACAUGUUAACCCAACUUAGAAAAAACACACCCAUCCACAGACAGAAACCGAUAUUGAAUUCUAAUGAGCUGUUACUUUCUUGUCACAUUUAAAUCCAGUUGUUAUCACUGACGGACUAAAUCAUGUGGACAGGAGGAAGGCCAAUGAUGAAAAAUCCGACGAAGAUACCCAAGAAGAUGACGGCCAACUCCCUCUUACCUUUCCAAAUUCCAUUCCCCAACUUUACCCGUUGCCUUGGCAACCUAUAUAAAGGAGCAGACUUGGUAAUUUCACAACCUGCCAGCCAAGUCUUCUCGAAAUUUGUCUGAAAGUCUUGAUAUAUGCGAUGAGAAAACAGGGGAGGUUGAGCUUGACAUGGGUAUUUCUCUCUGUUUUUCUUCUUCUGGCUGCUGCCUGUAUUCUAUCUGAAACAGUAGUAGCUGAUGGUUUUCGCAAGUACAACAAUGGUGGUGGAGGAAUUGUGGAAGGGAGACUUAACGUUCAUCUGGUUCCUCAUUCGCACGACGACGUUGGGUGGUUGAAGACCAUUGAUCAGUACUAUGUGGGCGCAAAUAACACACUUCAGAAUGCCAGCGUUCAGAACGUGCUGGAUUCUGUCAUCACUGCCCUGCUCAAGGAUCCCAGCAGGAAGUUUGUGUUCGCUGAAAUGGCCUUCUUCAAUCGCUGGUGGCGCGAGCAGACCACGACGACACAAGACAUAGUGAGGAAACUAGUGAAAUCCGGGCAACUAGAAUUCGUAAAUGGUGGUUGGUGCAUGCACGAUGAAGCUGCAACGCAUUACAUAGACAUGAUUGAUCAAACAACCCUCGGGCAUCGGAUGAUUAAGGCCGAGUUCAACAGCACGCCUCGAGCUGGUUGGCAAAUCGAUCCGUUUGGUCACUCUGCGGUCCAGGCCUAUCUCCUUGGAGCUGAGGUUGGAUUCGAUUCUGUACAUUUUGCAAGGAUUGAUUAUCAAGAUAGAGUGAAGAGGAAAGGCGACAAGUCUCUGGAAGUCAUAUGGCGUGGCUCAAAUACUUUUGGUUCCUCGUCGCAGAUAUUUGCCAAUGCAUUCCCAGUCCAUUAUGCCCCACCUCAAGGUUUCCAUUUUGAAGUUGGCGAUGAAGACAUUCCUAUCCAGGAUGAUCCUCUUAUUUUCGACUAUAACGUCGAUCAACGCGUUAAGGACUUUGUGGAUGCAGCCAAAGCACAGGCCAAUGUGACAAGGACAAACCACAUAAUGUGGACAAUGGGAGAUGAUUUCCAGUACCAAUUUGCUGAGUCAUGGUUCAGGCAAAUGGACAAGUUCAUUAAAUAUGUCAACAAGGAUGGAGAAAUCAAUGCCUUGUACUCCACGCCAUCUAUCUACACCGAUGCGAAAAAUGCAGCAAAUGAGUCCUGGCCGCUGAAAACCGAUGAUUAUUUCCCAUAUGCUGAUGGAGACAAUGCCUAUUGGACUGGCUACUUUACCAGCCGCCCUGGAUUCAAGAGAUUUGUGCGGCAGCUCAGUGGAUACUACUUGGCUGCAAGACAAGUUGAGUUCUUGGCUGGGAAGAACAAAACUGCUCCCAACACUUCCAAGCUUGGAGAUGCUUUAGGGGUAGCUCAGCAUCAUGAUGCUGUUUCUGGCACUGCCAAACAACACACCACUAAUGACUAUGCCAAACGUCUGGCUAUCGGUGCCACUGAGGCAGAGGCCACUGUUAGUUCUGCAUUUUCAUGCUUAGUCAGUAACAAAAUCAAAGGUCAAUGUGGAGGCUCCCAAGAUACGACAUUCAGCCAGUGUCAAUUGUUGAACAUCAGUUAUUGUCCAUCAACCGAAGGGGGAAGCUCGAAGCCACUAGUGGUUGUUGUAUAUAACCCCCUUGGAUGGAAUCGAACCGAUAUAAUUAGAAUUCCGGUCAAUGAUUCUUCCCUUGUUGUGACUGAUUCCUUUGGGAAAGCCAUUGAAUCACAAUUCGUACCCGUGGACAAAGUCACUAGUGACUUGAGAAAUUUUUACCUCAAGGCAUACACAGGGCAGUCAUCCAACCAAGGUCCUCAGAACUGGCUUGUCUUCCAAGUAACCGUGCCUCCUCUUGGUUGGGCAACUUACUUCAUCUCCAAGGAACCCAAGACUGCAGAAAGGACAUACAGUGACAAUAACUCUUUGAAGGACACUGCUGUUGAUGAAGUGGUCGAAAUUGGACCUGGAAAUCUGAAGAUGUUGUUUUCUUCAGCUUCCGGCCAGCUCACUCGGAUGUUUAAUAAAGUGACAGGGGUGGAUACACCAAUACAGCAAAGCUAUCUUUGGUAUACAUCAAGUACUGACAGCCAGCAAAGUUCCGGUGCCUACAUUUUCCGGCCCGACUCUAAUACACCUACCAUUGUUGCACAAUCAGUCAAGCUCGAUGUCUUUCGUGGACCGCUAGUUCAUGAAGUGCACCAGCAAUUCAGUCCAUGGAUCUACCAGGUUACAAGACUUUACAAAGACAAACAACAUGCAGAAAUUGAAUACACUAUUGGCCCUAUCCCAACUGAUGACAACAUAGGAAAAGAAGUUAUCACAAAGAUGACAACAGACAUGGUGACAAAUAAAACAUCCUAUACCGACUCUAAUGGAAGAGACUUCAUGAAGAGGGUAUAUGAUCAGAGAAAUGACUGGAACCUGUCUGUCAACCAACCUAUUGCUGGAAACUAUUAUCCACUUAACCUGGGAACAUUCAUCACUGACUCGAAAUCCGAAUUGUCUGUCCUGGUUGAUCGUGCCACCGGGGGAGCCAGCAUCAACGAUGGUGAAAUAGAACUCAUGCUGCACAGGCGAAUUCUACAAGAUGACGGCAGAGGUGUUGGCGAGCCCCUUGACGAACAAGUCUGCGUUGGAGAGUCUUGCCAAGGACUAACUGUUCGUGGAAACUACUAUGUGAGCAUCAACAAGUUAGGUGGUGGAGCAGCCUGGCGAAGAACAACUGGGCAAGAGAUCUAUUCGCCGCUGCUUUUAGCCUUCACGCACGAGGAUGAGAAGACAUGGAAAGCCUCUCAUUCGACGUCAGGAACUAUGAUGAAUGCAGGAUAUAGCCUGCCGCUCAAUGUUGCUUUGAUCACCCUAGAGGAGCUGGAUGAUCAAACUGUGCUGCUCCGCUUAGCUCAUCUUUACGAGGUUGGAGAGGAUGCUGCAUAUUCGACAGUGGCCAAAGUUAAACUGAAGAAGAUGUUUACCGGGAAAGAGAUAAAGGAAGUGAAAGAAAUGAGUUUAUCAGCAAACCAGGAGAAGUCUGGAAUGAAGAGGUUGAGUUGGAAGGUUGAAGGAGACGGUGGGGAUGAAACGGCACCGGUUAGAGGUGGCCCCGUUGAUGCGUUAAUUCAGGUUGUCGAGCUUGGUCCCAUGGAAAUCCGUACUUUUGUAUUGACAUUUUCAUGAAAUAUUGAUUUUCAUCAUACCAAACCCUUGAGUUUGGUACAUGAAAUUACAUAUUGGGCAUGAUUUAUUUCUCUUCUUUUUCUAUGAAAGAUAAUGAAAUAUAAUUUUCUCG